AUGGCUACGGGAAUGGCCCAUCCCCAUCCGAAUCUUCCGAGCGCUUCUCUCGACAACCUGCCAUUAUGCGCGCCGAAUUCACGGAUUCCCGUUACGACGUACUGCACCAUCCUAGAUGUCUUCGAAAGCCGUCUCUAUGACAUCUGGCCCAUUGUCGAUGUCCAGUAUCUCAGAUGUCAGCUACAGGCCCGAGUCAACGAUCCCACCUCCCUCGCCCUGGCGGCGGCUGCAUGUGCGGCGACGGUGGCACAGAUGCGCCUCUGGAUCACCCCAGAUUCGUGCCUGGACGACCUACCGGUCGCAGCAGAGGACUUUACGAAGGAAUGCCUGCGAAUUCGAUUGGAAUACCACUACCACCAAGAACCAUCCCUGCAAGCCUUGGUAACCUCGAUCUUUCUUCAUAUGUUCUACGCCAAUCGAGAUCAGAUCACACCCGCGACGAUCUCGCUCCGCGAAGCAAUCACGUACGCAGACUUGAUGCGCUUGAGCCAUUCCCCACCCGCCGACGCAGCGCAGUCGAAACAGUGGCAAUUGGAACUUCGAUGUUACUGGAUCUUAUUUGUCACCGAAAGGUCAGCUCGGCGCCCGCUGGGAAGCAUAGAAUGGUCGCAUACUAAUCUUCAUACCCUCUUUUCGGUUUUCUGUAGAACCUUUUGCAUCCAGCAUGACCUUCCAAUCACAUUACAUAGGACUCCAAGUCUACCGGAAAUCGAGAUCAGUCCCGACUCACAAGGUGAUCUCUACGCCGGAUUCCGUGCGCUUGUUCAGCUAUUCCUCCACGUCCAGCGCCCCCUCGCUCUCCCGGGCGCGGUGAGCAGAGCGAGCGAGACACCUGUAAUGUACUCGAAGGACAGUAUAACGAGAAUCCAGAGACAUAUGGAAGUACAAUCACCGGGCUUGGAGUUCAUUUCGGAAAUUCAAUACGUGGACAUCCUGACGACUUCGGCCUGGGUCCGCUCGUUGCUUUGGCAAUACUCCGCGUCCCGCUUCAUGCUGUCAUCAUCUACCUCUACGGGGCCGUUGACCUUUGACUAUCCGCUUUCAAUUGCUAAGAAUUACUUAGAGUCGCUCGCUGAUGUCUCGAUCGAAUCACUACGCAGUCAUGGCUAUGGAAUGGUAAAUCAUUUCCGUUCCUUGAAUCUUGACAGAAUAAUUAUGGUCAACGAGGAUACUGAAACUGCAUGGAAACAGGAAAUCAAGCUUCUUCAAGUCGCCAACUCGGUUCUUGAUAUUGUUCUGUGUAUGCCAAAGCUGCUCUCACACCAGACCUCUCAUUUCGGUCCUCUGGACGCGGUUGUGGCGAUUGAACGGCUGUUGUCCCAGGUUGGGGGCGUCAAGUCCGAGAGGCUUUGUGUGCUCCAUCAGCGAUUCUCACAAGUUCCAUCCUCAAUUACUACAUCACUGAUUUUGGAAUUACCAGAUCAGGAGGAUGGUCUUGAUGAGUUUGCUACUUAA